AGUUUAAGUUAGAUAGACACACACACACAUGCACAUGCACAGACACCCCAGCUGUGGAAGCUUUGGUUUUUCAGCUUUGGUACUACGUUCACAAUCACAGGAAUACGGAUACGACUGACAGUUAUGUUGUUGAAAGGGUUUCUCUUUGUUGUAUUGCUGGCAGGUAUAGCAACUUGUAUUUUUACUUCUGCCAUUCUGGCAUUGAAAUAACAUAUCAUUUAGCCUAUAAUAUACGUUUUGUUUGUAUAAUUUACCAGUGGUUCGCAUAAUAUCACUCGCCAUGCAUUGAUAUAAAAUCACGAUGCUUUACUGAAGCUCUUUCAAUAAUUGUGUUAUGAUGUAUAUUAUAUAAUGAAACUGAAACGUUUGAACCAGAUGUUUGAUGGGGGUUCCACCGUGAUUUCCCACCGUGGUCAGGCAAGCUUUGCAGCAUGCCCGGUGUGGAUGCACACUCAGAGUAACAUCACAAACAUUAUAGAUUUUUAAUGUCACAUGUUGUAAAUUGUGGUAAGACUCCUAAUUUGUAUAGUUGGGUUGGGAACAGCAAUGCGUGAACUCGAUUUGGGGCGGCAGGUCGGAGGCGUACCGUGGGCAUAUUUUCCCACAAAAUUUUGAAAUCUAGAGUCUCGUAAGUUCUGGCAAUGAUUUGUCCUACUCAAACACCUAGAAUGGUCUUUGAUCAGGAUAACAUUCGAAGGUAUAAACUUAUUUGAGUUAAAUGUCGUAGUAUUAAUACUUUAACUCCAUGUACAUGUUAAAGUUAUCAUUUUUUACCAAAAUUCUUCUUUACUUAUAGUUAUUAUUAUUAUUAUUAUUACGUUUUUUGGGUAUAUAGCCUAGUAGGGGACUACGAGUCAUUUUGCUCAUUAUACCUUGUAAUUAUGUGUUGCUAAAUAAUUUAAAAUCAAAAAACUGUUUUACAGCACGUAACGAGGAAUCAUGAGUACUCAAUAUACAUUGAAUUAAUUUACAUUUUAUAGGCAGCGAAAUACUUUGGCCCCCGCACGUAAAUGUUUGUGAAGAGAAUAUGGGGAACUGGGGGUCACCCCCAAAAAACGCUUUAUAUAUUUGAUGCUCAAUGACUGCAUUUCUGACAUUUUUCGUAGCAUAAAACUUGGUAGGUGCACAUUCGUGUUUUAAGAACUGCACAAAUUAUCGAACUGCACCUUUUGUGUAAAACUGCACGUUAAAAUAUCCUGGUUAGGAAAUUAUCUAGCCGGCCUAGCAGGCGAUUCUGGCACGAAAAACGCGGGCAACGAGAAAUGAAGAACCAACACGAAUUACCAAGAAAUCUACCACUAUGAUUGACCUCUGCCUAACAAACUCAUUAUCAACAACUGUUGAUUCUGGUGUAAUUCAUUUUUCAAUUAGUGACCACUCGAUGGUCUAUAUUAUAAGCAAAGCACAUUAUGUACAGACAAGGAAUAUCGAAGGAACUAGAUUCUGUUCAGAUAUAUCGCAUACUCGAACCGACCUGACCGCGUAGCUCAGUUGGCAGAGCAUUGGGCUAGUAUUCCAAAGGUCGUAGGUUCGAUUCCCACCGUGGCCAGGCAUAUUUUUCAAGCCUACCCGGUGUGGAUUCACACUCAGAGUAACAUCACAAGCAUCUUAUUCACCUGAGUGCACUGUACCAACACAGCAAAUAUCAUAAAAUUGAUAUUGUCAUGUAUAUGUAGACAUGAGUGAAUGUAAAAUAACGAGCUUUCCGUGUCGUUCGAAAUACGUUACACUUGUAAUACAAUUGACCGCUUUUGUCACAUUAAUUGAAUCCCUUAAAAUAACACACUCCAUGGUCAAAACUCCGAAUUUUUGGGUGUUUCCCAACUGACCGCCUGCCAGGCAGGCUAAAAAUCACCUUGGUUCUGAGCCGUAUCCAGAAAAAUUGGACCCGAAAAAAGUAGAAACGUUUUGUCUCCAGAAUUACUUGAAUCCGAGACAACUCAAUGACAAUGUAAAAACGGUUAUUUUGGUGAAUCCUCAACCUUUUCUGUACAGUUUUCGCUUGUUUACAUAUAUCUACUUUUAUGAGCAUUUGUUAUUUUUUGAUACAGAAUAUUCACUCACAUGGAAUUUUAGUAAGAACUUAUGAAUGAAGUCUAAUCCUUAUACUGUACUGUAUAUGAAUAAUUUAUCUUUCCUAUCGUUACCUUCCUUAUUCCAAUCACUUUUCCUUUCAUAUUCCUUACCUUCGUCUCAUGUCAUGUCAUGUCAUGUCAUGUCAUGUCAUGUUGUUUAUCUUUAUCAUAUUUCUUGCCCUCAUCUCCUGGAUUUUUACUUUCCAGGAUGCAUAAUCCCAUCGCAAUCAGCCACUUGCGGUUCACGUUCCUACGAUCCCAAGACACAAAUCUGCUGUGCAGGAAAUGUGUAUGCAAUCAAGCAUGGUCCGAGCUGUUGUGGUGAUAGAAAUUACGAUCCGAAUAAGAAUAUCUGCUGCUAUGGCAACAUACUCGACAAAGUUAACGGGUUUUCUUGUUGCGGUGCUGUUAACUAUGAUCCAUACAGCGCAGUUUGCUGCUACGGGAAGCUUCAUACUAAUGUUCCUCCCAGUUACAAGUGCUGUGCAUCGGAAGUUUACGACCCCACCAGCGCUAUAUGUUGCAACAAUAAGAUCGUUUACGGCUCCGGUUAUCGUUGUUGCGGCUUUGCACCGUAUUAUCCACCUUCACAAGUCUGCUGCGACUACAAAGUACUCAGCAAAAGCUCGGGAACAGCAUGCUGUGGAACAUACAAUUUCAACCCAGUUACCAAAGUUUGCUGUCGUGGCAAUAUUCUGGCGAGGUCGUCUGGUGGUCAAUGUUGUGGCUCCAAUAAUUAUAACAGUCAUUCCGAUGUCUGUUGUAACGGACAGAUUCAAGCAAGGCUCCCUGGAGGUGGUUGCUGUGGUUCUUACGCAUACAACAGUAACUCGCAGGUUUGCUGUCGUAGUAAAAUCCAUAGCAAAAAGACUGGAAGUGUUUGCUGUUCUAACCGAAUUCAUAACCCCGCGUUUUCAGUGUGCUGCGACGGUCGAAUACUUUCAAAACGGCGUGGAACCACCUGUUGUAAAUCACGCAACUAUAACAGCAAAAGCCAGUUGUGCUGCGAUGGUAAAAUUAUUUCGAAGGUACAUGGUACUUCAUGUUGUGGUUCAAAAGCGUAUCGCCCAAAUGUUCAUGUUUGCUGUAACAACAAAAUCUAUUCUGGUGGUAACGGAGUCGGGUGUUGUGGCCCUUCGAGUUACCAAACCAGCAAAAAAGUUUGUUGUUCUGGCCGAAUUUCAUCCAAGAGCAGUGGUACAUCAUGUUGUGGUUCCGUGAACUACGACUCGUCCCAAAAAGUUUGCUGCAAUGGUAACAUACUGCCAAAAUCAACAGGAACUACUUGCUGUGGAUCCAUUAAUUAUAAUCCAUCUCGAUACAUAUGCUGUGGUCAUCACGUUUAUCCAAAAUCUUUUGGUUCUCACUGCUGCACCAUUUCGGGCCUAUACAAUAGUCCAACCUCUUACGGAGUUCCCAUCAGUUCAAGUACUUCCAUCUGUUGUCAAGGAAAAGUUUAUCCAAAAUCUCUUGGAACAUCAUGUUGUGAAAAUCAGAACUUUGACUCAAGCACUCACCUAUGCUGCAACGGAAACCUUUAUUCUAAAUUAAGGUACAACUAUUGCUGUGGAUCUCGUCCCUAUUAUAGUGGAUCUCAUGUUUGUUGCAAUGGAAACGUCCACCGUGUGUACAGCGGACGCUGGUCUUGUUGUGGAACUCAGAAUUACAACUCAAAUUCCAAACGUUGUUGCAAUGGCAAAUUGAAC